AUGGCUCAAACCAGACAAUCCAGAAUUGUGAAUAAAACGACAGAAAACAAGGCAUCCGCCACUAGUACCACUGCGGCUACUACGUCUUCCACUGCAAAGGGAACAAAAAGAGGUAGACCUGCCAAAUCAUCUGAUAAAUCCGCCGCCGCUCCCGCUUCUAGCGCUACUACUGGAAAGAAGAAAGCCAAAACAACCCAGAAAAAUAAGGAGGAGCAAAAUGAAACGGAAAACACGGUCAAGGAUUUAGAUGUCUCGGAAAAGAAUGGAGCUGUCGAGACUCCAGUGAAGAGAAAGCGUGGAAGACCCGCCAAGGUCACCAGUAUGAAAAAGAAGGAAGACAGCGAAAAGAAGAAGGAUGACGUUUCUGGUCUCAAACGCGGAAGAGGCAGACCAAGAAAGAACGCCUCCACCACCACCAACACCUCCUCCUCCACCACCUCCUCCACGACGACGACUGCUUAA